GCCCGCUCGCUGAUUCGUUUAAGCUCCAGUUUGGUGAGAGAAGGCCUCGUUUCGUGAUGUUCCAUAACGGCUCUUCGACGAUCCAAAAGGGAACAGUGGAGAAGCCUCAGAAAAGCUCAUCUAGAAAUCUUCGAGGCCUCCGGAACUAACGUCCUUGUAAGGUUCUCAUGAUCUGGAACCGUGGAACGAGCUCAGUUGGAAAGAAGGUGACGAACCUGUUUGGGAACGACUAGUCGCACCAUCGAUAGGAGAGAAUUGUACGCCAGGUGAAGCAAUAGCGAAUCUCCUUGUGCACCAUUAAUGGCCAGUGAGUAAAAGAUUGGAUUGCCAAACUUUCAAGAUAAAGUGUUGCAACAACGGUGUCCUUUCUUCGAUGUUGGUAAACAUGGGGAGAGAGAGUAACCAAGUGUUAAAGAACCUCAUUUGGCUGAUGGUUGUGCUUCUAUGGACGGGAAACGGCUUGGUCUUGAAAGGUGUUCAAGGAGCCGACAAAUCGAGGUCUCGACCAGAAUUUCUUGGACCUGUUCCCAAUGCGACGGUGGCCGUUGGGAGGGACGUAGUCUUACCGUGUGUGGUGAAAAAUUUACAGGAUUACAAGGUGGCCUUCAUUCAUUUGGACAGACAAAUGAUCGUGACAAUUCAUAACCAUGUGAUCACACGCAUACCUCGAUUUGAGAUCAGCCAUGACAAGCAUCACACGUGGAAUUUGCACAUCAAGAACGUCCAAAAGGAGGACAAAGGUCAUUACAUGUGUCAAAUUAACACGGACCCGAUGCUCUCGAAUGUGGGUCAUCUUAAUGUUGUGGUUCCACCCAACAUCGUUGACCUCGAGAGCUCCCCUUCAACCGUGAGUGUGCGGGAAAACCACAAUGCCUCUUUGGUUUGUAAGGCGGAAGGAACCCCAGAUCCCUCGAUCAAAUGGCAGAGGGAAGAUAAAAAGCCGAUUAUCAUUAAAAGGAAGAAGAAAGAGGGUAAAAAGGAGAAGCAUGAAGUCCACGGCGAAGUGUUGGACCUUAUCCGAAUAUCGCGAACCGAGAUGGGUGCAUAUUUAUGCAUCGCUCAAAACGGUGUUCCUCCAUCAAUCAGCAAGCGUAUCAUCCUCACAGUAGAAUUUUCGCCGAUGAUUUGGAUCCCCAAUCAGUUGGUGGGUGCUCCAUUGGGAACGACGGUCAAAUUGGAAUGCCACACAGAGUCUAGCCCAAAGGCCAUCUCAUAUUGGGCCUACAACGACAGCAUGGUCUUGACAUCAGAGCGAUUCAAGACCGAAGAGCGUCAUCACUCGGUCUACAAGCUCGAUUCCACCUUGAUCAUCAAAAACCUGCGACGACAAGAUUUUGGGUCGUAUCGGUGCAUUUCCAAGAACUCCCUAGGGGAAACCGAUGGGGCAAUUAUGUUAUACGAACUUGAAGCCCCGACAAAAGAAACCAAAGUGACCACAGUCACUUAUGUGCCAGAGUAUGAAUCAUUCUACGAUUACAACACGCAUACCUCCAACCAUGAUCGGCAAUCUAACGUCAUCAGGCCAACCCAUGAAGGUCAACCGGGGUCGGAUCAUUCGAAUGAGCUGCAAAAUCUCCAAACCUAUGAGAAUCCUUCAAAAUAUAAUAAGAAACUGGAUUCAGACCAGACCCCAACAUUCUGGCAUAGAGCCUCAGACGCUCCCACACAUCCAUCGCAGUGGCUCGUUGUGGACCUCCUAGCAUUUCUGACAUUAGUUCCUCACGCGUCUGUCAUAUUCUAAAUCAAAUGUUACUCAUCAUCGUCUCCCAACCACCUAUUGGACUGCUUUUAUCAUGCUCCAUUCACUCAAUUCGUUAGUACCUAAAGUAUUUCAUUUCCACCUCAUUCAAUGACACUCCGUCAGAAACCAAUACCCAAACCAAAUUCAAACAUUUACCCCUAACAACCCAAUUCCAAGUUCAAUUCCGCAGAUUCUGCAGAUUGCGAGGAUUUGCUUUUAAUAAAAAGCAUACGUUGAUUAAUUAGCAAUAACGUUCCUGUUCACCCCUCUUGACUAUUAAAUUGUCGACCAGAUUUAAACGCAAAUUCAUCUUUCCGAAUAAGCAGGGGGAAGUUCAGUUCCAUCUCUGAAGAAGGAUGUGAGUGAUUGGACCCUUAGACGAAAUAAGAUCUACUCCGAAGAGUUUGUGUGCGUGCGUGCGUGUGCCAGUGAGUGAGCAGAAUUUUUCUCCUUCAAUUCCCCGACCGCCUGUUAGGGUAUGAAGGCUGAAAUCGUGCCUUUUUGGGCGACCCUCCAUCCUUCGAGCGAGGUGUUUGGCAUGGGAAUUCAGGCGGGAAUACGUUCUUCACUAAAUCUUUAUCGAAGACUGGGAGAAGACUGGGGCAUGUUUAGAUUGACAAGUACUCUGUACGUGAAUGAUGUGGGCUUUAGUUUCAUUCGAAGCACUUGAAUCGUCCCAUGAGACUGUGCCAAUUUGCAUAAGAUUCAUGUUGGCAUUGUAUCGGAUACCAGAUUCCCCAAUUUUCUCAGAAUCCAUGCCAUUUUCAAUUAUUUUGUACCAAAACAUAUAGCUAACUAGAUCCUGUCAUUUCCUCUUCAAAAACUUGUCCCCAUUGGUCAGCAACAUAUCAGGAGUCGAAAAAAUCAUCAAAGAGUCAUUUCUAUAACUGAACAGUUCAUCCCAUUGUUUAAAAAUUUUGUCCGAAACCUUCCCCAUCCCAGGAUUCAUUUUAAAGAUGACCCCAGAACAACUUGAAGUAGUGUCCGAGGUACAAUAAUCUUCACGCACGGCUGGCAAAAAGUGGACAAAGGAUCAAAAAAAUCAAAUUUGCAAUGAAAUGUACUUAGUCUUGAAAACUUGACAUUCAACUGGUUGAAGAGUAAGCUCAGGCUGGAAAUUGACUAAAAUAUUUUGGCUUUAAAUCCUAAUCUUUCCACAUACUUUUACCGAUGAUUAUUAACUUGGAUUGACCAACAUGGUAUGAAGACUUGCCAACAAAGUAAACAAGAUUCAAUGUUACUGAGAAUCUUUGGUCAACUUAAUUUGCCGUCUUGUGGCAAGUUAUAUAAAUUUCAACGGGCUGAGUGCAGCUUCUUAUGGAAACAAGAAAAUGUUCAUAGGGUCUUUUCAUUUCGAAUUCACUUUUAAUUUUAUUGAGCCUUUGUCGAGUUGAGCUAAACUGUGUCAUUUUAACCAUGUCAGAUGAAUCUUGCAUUAUAUAAUAAACUUUUUGCUUACAAAAUAUA